AUGCAUGAUUUUGUCAUGUUCUUUCUUUUUUGUUUUUGUAGUCACAUCAGUGACAUGGAACUGGAGAAUGAUACACAAAUUUCAGAAUUUCUUCUUCUGGGAUUUUCAGAGGAACGAGAACUGCAACCCUUCCUCUUUGGUCUGUUUCUAUCCAUGUACCUGGUCAUCAUUCUUGGGAACCUGCUCAUCAUCCUGGCUGUCAGCUCAGACUCCCACCUCUACACCCCCAUGUACUUCUUCCUGGCCAAUCUGUCCCUUGUAGACAUCUGUUUCACCUCCACCACUGUCCCUAAGAUGCUGGUGAAUAUACAAACGCAGAAAAAGGUCAUAACUUAUGAAAGUUGUAUCAUACAGAUGUACUUUUUCAUACUUUUUGUAGGUUUGGACAACUUCCUCCUGACUGUGAUGGCUUACGACCGCUUUGUGGCCAUCUGUCACCCCCUACAUUACAUGGUCACCAUGAGCCCCCGGCUCUGUGGACUAUUGGUUUUAGUGUCCUGGAUCAUGAGUGUUCUGCAUUCACUGUUACAAACCCUAAUGGUGUUGAGGCUGUCCUUCUGUACAGAGGUAGAAAUCCCCCACUUUUUCUGUGAACUCAAUCAGAUGAUCCAACUUGCUUGUUCUGAUACCUUUCUUAAUGACAUGGUGAUGUAUUUUGCAACUGUGCUGCUGGUUGCUGCUCCCCUGGCUGGGGUCCUUUACUCAUACUCUAAGAUAGUUUCCUCCAUAUGUGGGAUCUCAACAACUCAGGGGAAGUACAAAGCAUUUUCCACCUGUGCAUCUCACCUCUCCGUUGUCUCCUUAUUUUACUGUACAGGCCUAGGAGUGUACCUUAUCUCUGCUGCUCCCCAGAGCUCCCACUCAAGUGCAAUGGCCUCAGUGAUGUACACAGUGGUCACACCCAUGCUGAAUCCCUUCAUCUACAGUUUGAGGAACAGAGACAUAAAGGGGGCUCUAAAUGUAUUUUUCAGAAGGAAGCCAUGA